AUGGCACCAGGCCGCCGGGAUAGUGGCUCAAGCGGCAAUGCUGUUGCAUCCGCAUUCUCCAGGUUUUGGAAGAGAACUCAUGCGCCAGACUACCUCGGAUUUUCGAUUCUCCUUGCUGGAUGGAUCGUGAUGCUCUUGUUCAUCGAGCCUUUCCACCGCAUGUUCUUCAUCAACGAUCUGCAUAUAUCAUACCCUCAUGCCGAAGUUGAGCGGGUGCCUGUUUACAUGAACUUCGUAUACGCCCUUUUCAUCCCCCUGGGCGUGUUGGUUGCGUACAAUGUUGUCACAAAAGCAUCACCUCACAAGCACGAGGUCACUUAUCUGUCCUUUGCUAUCGCUAUCAUCAUGGGCACCUUUCUCACGGACCUCGUCAAGAACACUGUCGGCCGACCGCGGCCUGACUUAUUGGCCAGAUGCAAGCCGGCGGCUGGCACGAAGCCUGAUGUGCUUGUUACCAUCGACGUUUGCACCGAGACUGCACAUCACCUCCUUCACGAUGGUUGGCGGUCGUUCCCCUCGGGCCAUUCGUCAUUCUCCUUUUCUGGACUUGGCUUCCUGAGCUUGUUCUUGGCUGGCCAGCUGCACAUCUUCCGGCACAACAGUGGAGGCCGAGACCUCAGUCGCGCACUCAUUUGCCUUUUGCCACUGCUGGGGGCUGCACUGAUUGCCAUCAGCCGCUGUGAGGACUACAGACACGAUGUGUAUGAUGUUUCCGUGGGUUCUUUGCUAGGUUAUGUGGUUGCAUACUGGAGCUACCGGCGACACUGGCCGAAGUUGACUGCCAAGGAAUGCCAUGAACCCCAUCCCUAUCCCGGAUCAGACCCGAAGACCGGGUGGAACCGACUGCGAGACGAAGAGGAAGCUGGGGACUCGCGACCCGACGUAGGCUUUGAGAUGACCCAGCUAAAUAGUCAGAGAUACUAA